UAUACAUACUGAUGCAAACAGGUUAUUUUAAGUUUUUUUUUUCUUUUGUUUUAUUUGUUUCUAUUUGUGUCACAUCACAGCCUAACCACGACUCAGGUUCCCAGGAGGCUCCGUGAACUACAAACAUGGCCGCUGAGGACUACACUUCCCACACACGCAUGUGAGCACCUUCCCUGGAGUUCUAACUGCACACACCUGCAACCAAUCUCUCACACUCACACACAGAAUAUAAGAGACUUUGGUAACUAAAGACUUUGCGAAGUAAACGUUCAGUAGACUUGCUCUCUGCCAUUUUCCAAGCUAUUUCAUAGUGUGUUUUAAAAAAGUGACUUUGACCAUUGUUUCCAUCCCGACCUCGAUUUCUGCCUUGCCUUGUUUUGUUUGUUUGCCUGAUCACUGACCACUAACUUUGCCUUUCCUUUUGGUUCAGCGGAACCACGAAGAAUUCAUUAUUCCCCCUUCCUGUUUUGUCAGUUCCCUGGAGUGGGAGUUGGACCAAACCUUAGAGAGCAUCCCCAGGUCUUAGGUUCCAGCAGCAUGCCCCUAGGGAAGACAAUUUGUGCCCGAGCGGCACUGACAGGAACUUAUUGUCUGGGCCCACAUGGCUGUUGCCACAAGUCACCCAGGUGCACACUGCACUUACCAUCUGUUGCGGGCUAAGUACUGGUGGUCAAAUAUGGCAAGGGAGGUUCACCAUGUAGUGUCUUCCUGGUCAUCAUGUGCCCAAUGUAAGGUUCCAUGGACACUACCGGCCGGCAGGCUCAAUCCCCUACUCGUACCGGAAUGCCCCUGGUGCCACAUCUCCAUUGAUUUUGUCACAGACCUACCAGAAUCCCAGGGAAACAUGACCAUUCUAGUGACGGUGGACCGAUUUUCUGGUGGACCCAGAAAGCCGUUUCAUAGUGUGUUUUGACAAAGUGACUUUGACCAGUGUUUCCAUCCCCGACCUUGAUUUCUGCCUUGCCUUGUUUUGUUUGUUUGCCUGAUCGCCUGACCCCUGCCUGUUUCACGACCACAAACUUUGCCUUUCCCUUUGGAUUAUAUUGCUUUGAUUCUGUAUACCUGCAACUGCUUCAGUCUCCACCUACGGAUCAUGACAAUUUGUUGUUUGCUGGUUACUAUUUCACAUUAAAGUGGUUUCCACUCAACAACCUUCAUCGACCACGUGUGUGCGUACUGGGUCGUUCUAUUGUCCCUACUCACAUCAUCAUGGCUGCAUCACACACACAGGUCAAGAUCCACAGGAGAGAAUAACAUGGUAAAUACACAAAUUUAUUUUUAUUUUAAAUGAUAAUUUCUAUAAACCCCACACAGUUGAUUACAUAAUCCAUUAAUUAAACUAAAACCUGGAUAUCCUGUAGUCUGUGUGUGUGUGUGUGUGUGUGUGUGUGUGUGUGUGUGUGUGUGUGUGUGUGUGUGUGUGUUUACGUGUGCAUGAUGCCAAGACCAUCAACAAAGUGGCCAUGCCUUAUAAAUACCAACUCAUCACAUCGCUCUGGUCCUUUUACUCUACCCACCUCGUACCAAAGCAGUGAGUUUCAACACUUCAGUGAUGGAGCAGCAUCUGUUCAUAUUCCUGUUUUUUACAGGAGUUGCCCCCCUCGUCUUGUCUGUCUCUCGUAAGUACUAUCUGAUCCAACAGGGAAAGACCUGGAGUGAUGCUCAGGCUUACUGCCGAGCCGAACACAUUGACCUGGCUAUCAUCGAAAGUAAUGAUGACAUGGUCCGACUUCAGACUGAAAUACUGAAACAACAAUUCAGUUCCAGUGCUUGGAUUGGACUGUACGAUGACAUCAACAGCUGGUACUGGUCCCUUGGACAUGAGACACUGGGAAGUUGGAGACUGUGGAAUUCAGGACAGCCUGACAACUGGGUGGCACAGGAAUGGUGUGGUGCGGCAACUACGUCAGGUUGGUCUGAUGUGCCAUGUACAAGCAACUACCCCUUUGUGUGCUUUGAUGACACUAAAACUGGCAAUCAGAGAUACAUUUACAUCUCCAACACUAAGACGUGGUAUGAUGCUCAGGCUUACUGCAGAACGUAUCAUACUGAUCUGGCCAGUGCUAGAAAUGCAACAGAAUACUCUGUUAUACAGGGACUGGUCUCUGGGGUCACUUGGUUUGGUCUGAUCAGAGACACCUGGAAGUGGAUAGACAAAACCAACUUCUCUACAAUCAGCUGGAUCUCUGGAAAACCUGAUAAUGCCCUGGGGAAUGAAAACUGUGGUUAUUUAAAUAACGGUCAGGCUGGUGAUGCACAGUGCUCAGACAUAAUGCCUUUCUUCUGUUACAGAAUAACCACAGGACAACAACAAAUCGUAAAGGUGAAGGUGCGGUCCAAUCAGGAUGUGAACGAUCCUGCAGUAAAGGCGGCCAUCUUGGAGCAGAUCAAGCAGGAACUGAAGGAUCAUGGGAUGGCAGAGAACAUCACAGUGAAAUGGAGAGAGCAACCAGAUGGAAAGGUGUUUCACAAGGACACUGAAAAGAACACUACAGGAAAAGAAGAACUCUAAGUCUUUAUCUGUGUCUCGAAUUGAAAAUAGUUAUUUUAGUGUGAGUAAUAUCAGGGCAGGGGUGGAAAAAGUACUGAGAAGUUAUACUUAAGUGAAAAUGAAGAUAAUGUGACGUUAUCUUACUCAACUAAAAGUGGAAGUAUCCAGACAAAAAAAAGAAAGUAAAAUGUUUCUACUUUUAAAUAUAUUCAAAGAGUAAAAAAAAAUGUUUUUAUAUGAUGAAAUUAGAUCGGUGACAAAUUUUCAUAUAAAAAGACAUUUUUAUUACUUAUCUAAACCCAUUAAACCCGUUUGUUUAAAAAAAAAUUUACCCCAUUUUGCCUAAAACAUUAUUCGAUCUGUAAGUGUGCUGCACAGUUUACUAAAGAAUUAAUUAGAAGUAAAGUAUCUCACAAACACCUGAUAUUUACUAUUAGCCAGGGUCACUCAUCCUUAAGUAACAAACUGCAGUUUGGUGGACUAUCUGUAUUCACACACACACACACACACACACACACACACACACACACACACACACACACACACACACACACACACACACACACAGAUAGAUAGAGCACUAACUACAUUGUGUAGAAUGAGAAGGUUAGAGAACGUGAAAAAUUGGCAUGAAUGCAAGGUGUAAAUAAAUAAAAUUACAUUUAAAAUUAUGUUCUUGUUAGAGAAUUAAUAUUAAUUAAAAAUACUUAGAGUAUAAAUACGCCAAAAAUCACACUUUAGUAUAGUAAGGAAGUACAAUUACUCAAAUAUUUUGCACCCCUGACUCUGGGACGUUUAAUGAGACGUAGUUCACUAUUAAAGUUAUGGUGAAGCAUGAUUUACACGAAGUUUUUAUUUAAAUUUAAUUCUAAGGCAAUAUUUGUCAUUUUCAUUUAACCCUCUACAAUGUCUCUUUCCCUUAAAUGAAGCUAAUCAGCUGGGCUGUUUUUUUUUUUUUUUUGGGUCUUUACAUCUUUAGUGUUGCAGAUACGAUGCUAAUGUAGCUAACAUGUAAUGAAAGUCUCUCACCGAAAAUAUUUUGUGUAAAAAUCUUUAUAUGCUCACUUCUAAUAAACUUUAGAGUAAGUAACAACUAAGUAAUGUUUUCCUGUAUAUUAGCUACACUUAUAAUUUAUAUAACUCAGACAGACCUUUACUUCUUAAUUUUACUGUUUUUAGAAUUGCACUGAUACAAAAAAUGUCAAUUUCAGCAUUGAAGACCAAUUAAAUAAAAAAAAAUGAGAA